AUGUGCGGAAUCUUUGCUUAUCUGAACUACAGAGUGCCUCGGACCAGGAAGGAGAUAUUUGAGACUCUAAUAAAAGGACUGCAAAGACUAGAAUACAGAGGCUAUGACUCUGCAGGUGUUGCAAUUGAUGGAAAUAAUAAUGAAGACAAGGAAAGGUACAUCAAAUUAGUCAAGAAAAGAGGAAAAGUCAAGGCUCUUGAUGAGGAACUACAAAAACAAGGUGGAUUGGACUUAAAGGCAGAUUUUGAGACACAUUUUGGCAUUGCCCACACUCGCUGGGCGACCCACGGAGUACCAAAUGCUGUGAACUGCCACCCGCAACGAUCAGAUAAAAGUAAUGAGUUUGUCGUUAUUCAUAAUGGGAUCAUUACAAAUUACAAAGACUUGAGGAGGUUUUUGGAGACCAAAGGCUAUGAGUUUGAAUCUGAAACUGAUACUGAAACGAUUCCAAAGCUGAUCAAGUAUUUGUAUAAUAACAGGGAGACGGAAGACAUAAGUUUUUCUGCCUUGGUUGAGAGAGUAAUUCAGCAGUUGGAAGGGUCUUUUGCACUGGUUUUCAAAAGUAUCCACUACCCUGGAGAAGCUGUUGCUACCAGAAGGGGGAGCCCUUUGCUUAUUGGUGUUCGCAGUGAAUCUAAGCUUUCCACUGAACAAAUUCCCGUCUUGUACAGAACAUGUAACAUUGAAAAUGUAAAGAACAUAUGUAAAACAAGAAUGAAAAGACUGGACAGUUCUACCUGCCUUCAUGCCGUUGGUGAUAAAGCGGUUGAAUUUUUCUUUGCUUCAGACGCAAGUGCUAUAAUUGAGCACACCAACAGAGUCAUCUUUCUGGAAGAUGAUGACAUUGCAGCAGUGGCUGAAGGGAAACUCUCUAUUCAUCGGCUUGAACAUUCAGCUAGCGAUGACUCAUCUCGAGCCAUACAGACCUUGCAGAUGGAAUUGCAGCAGAUCAUGAAAGGCAACUUCAGUGCUUUCAUGCAGAAGGAGAUAUUUGAACAACCCGAGUCUAUUUUCAAUACCAUGAGAGGAAGGGUGAACUUUGAGACCAACACAGUUCUUUUGGGAGGCUUGAAGGACCACUUGAAAGAAAUCAAAAGGUGCAGAAGAUUGAUCAUUAUUGGCUGUGGGACCAGUUAUCAUGCUGCUGUGGCUACUCGUCAAGUGUUGGAAGAGCUGACUGAGCUACCUGUAAUGGUGGAACUUGCUAGUGAUUUUAUGGACCGGAAUACUCCUGUAUUUAGAGAUGAUGUGUGCUUUUUUACCAGCCAGUCAGGGGAAACUGCUGAUACACUGAUGGCUUUACGGUACUGUAAAGAUCGUGGAGCUUUGACUGUUGGAAUUACGAACACUGUUGGAAGCUCAAUAUCCAGGGAGACAGACUGUGGUGUACACAUCAAUGCAGGACCUGAGAUUGGAGUGGCAAGCACAAAGGCUUAUACUAGCCAGUUUGUAUCGCUUGUAAUGUUUGGUUUGAUGAUGUCUGAAGACAGAAUUUCCUUGCAACACAGGAGACAAGAGAUCAUAAGUGGGCUACGGUCUUUGCCUGCACUGAUUAAAGAAGUAUUAUCCUUGGAUGAGAAGAUACAUGAUUUGGCCCGUGAGCUAUAUAAACAGAGAUCACUUUUGGUUAUGGGUCGUGGCUACAACUAUGCCACUUGCUUGGAAGGGGCAUUGAAAAUCAAGGAGAUUACAUAUAUGCACUCUGAAGGAAUCUUGGCUGGGGAACUGAAGCAUGGACCACUGGCUCUUAUAGAUAAACAAAUGCCAGUUAUCAUGAUCAUCAUGAAAGAUUCUUGCUUCACCAAAUGCCAGAAUGCUCUGCAACAGGUCACUGCUCGCCAGGGUCACCCAGUUAUUUUAUGUUCUAAAGAAGAUACCGAGAGUUCAAAAUUUGCUUACAAGACUAUUGAGCUUCCACAAACAGUGGACUGUCUGCAAGGAAUUUUGAGUGUUAUCCCUCUACAGCUGCUUUCAUUCCACCUGGCUGUUCUCAGAGGAUAUGAUGUGGAUUUUCCUAGAAAUCUGGCCAAAUCUGUGACUGUGGAAUAAGCAAUGUAUCCUAGAAUAUCUUUCACCAAAAAUCCUAAUUUAUAUUUCUGCUAAUGAAUCUU